AUGUCCUCCAUCACGCAGAACGUGGGCGCACUGCCUACCCGCCUACGCAACUUCUUCGCUCGCUACCCUCCCCAGAUCUACUCCUCCCUGGUCGCUCCGCGUCCGACUGCUCCGGAGGGCGAAGCCUCCGCCGACCAGACCCUUCCCUCGCCCUACACCCCCGACCGUGAUGCGAAGGGUGCUCACCGACCAGACCCCGAGGCUUUCUCGGCCUCUCGUGCGCUCUUGUACAACGACCCCAAGAACCAGAACCCAUUCUUGCCGCGGAAGAUCUUCAACUCCAAGAAGUGGAUUGGUCCCCGAUACGGGCUGCGACAACAGGCCGAUCUAGUCAAGCUGGCUAUUAAGUACAACGUCGAGCCACUCUUGCCCCCUGGACCCAAGUCCACCGAAUACAAGGCUGCCAAGCUGGCGGAACGUGGUCUCCGGAUCAAGGGUACUGGUAUCGGCCAGAAGGUCAAGGGUCACAAGUGGGAGCGGACAAUGGAGGCGAGACUCGAGGAGCGUCGCAAGGCGAUGGUCGAAAUGCCGGAGAUGAUCCGGUUGUGGAAGCAGAGAGGUCAUGGUCGUGGCUGGAGACAGUGGCCGAAGCGGUAA